AUGCUUGCCCCAGCUCUGCCCACUCUUGCGGAGCAAUUCAACAUCUCAUCCAACAUAGUGACAUACCUUCUCAUGUCCAUCUUCCUCCUUGCCUACGCCGUCGUGUGCGCAUGGUCCACUACUAAAGAGCAAAUGUUGGCGUUCCGCUUCCUUAGUGGACUCGGAGGUAGCGCUCCCCAAGCACUCGGGGGUGGAGUACUUAGCGAUUGCUGGCAUGCCGAAGAGCGCGGCAUAGCCGUUGCCAUUUACAGUCUCGCUCCGUUCAUCGGCCCCGCAGCCGGGCCCAUCGGUACGUCCCGCCUUCUCAACAAGGAUCACUCCCCCUCCAAAAACCCCAUAGUCUUUGUGCCUAGCUCACUCUCUCCCGAAGCCGCUGGGUAUCUCACACAAUACCUUAACUGGCGGUGGAUCUUCUGGACUGUAUCUAUCGCCGACGCUCUAGUGCAAAUUCUCUGCUUCUUUUUCCUGUCCGAAACCUACGCGCCUACCAUACUGCUGAAGAGGGCAAAGAAGCUCCGCAAAGAAACGGGCAACGUAAAGCUCCAUACGAAAUUUGAGCAGCCGGGGAAUUCAUUUGCUCAGACGCUUAGAAAGAACCUGCAGAGGCCGUUUAUCAUGCUGUUUACACAGCCAGCAUUGCAGGUGACUGCUCUGUACAGAGCGUACCUUUAUGGGUUGAUGUAUCUAGUGCUCGCUUCGUUUCCGCUGGUUUGGAUGCAGCAGUACAACCAACAACCUGGCCCGGCGUCGUUGAAUUACAUAUCUCUGGGUGUUGGGUUCGUCAUUGGCUUGCAAUUCUCGGGGCCACUGAUCGAUAAGGUAUAUGCCGUGCUUUCGGGUAGAAACGACGGCCGAGGUCUCCCCGAAUUCCGCAUCCCCCUCAUGUAUCCAACGGCCUUUAUAACCCCGCUUGGGCUCCUCUUGUAUGGCCUCGCCGCUCACUUCCGUACGCACUGGAUUGUCCCCAACAUCGGCGCCGGCAUCUUCGCCGCGGGUCUUAUCUUGUCUUUCCAAUGCGUGCAGACAUACACGAUCGACACAUACGAGAGGUACACGGCAAGCGCGACUGGAGCAGCUGCCUUUGUGCGGACGAUGGCAGGGUUUAGCUUUCCCCUGUUUGCGCCGGGCUUGUUUGAUAAGUUGGGAAUUGCUGGCGGAAAUGGGUUGCUAGCAGGAAUUGCACUGGGGCUGGGGAUUGUUGUGCCGACAUUGAUGUGGAGAUAUGGUGCUUGGCUAAGGAGCAAGGGAAUGCAGUAUGAUUAG